AGAAGUGACAUAAUGUAGAACGUCAGAGAGAACAGGGUGACCGAAUACCACGUACGCCGCGUGACUUAGACAUGUUUUGUUGACGUAACCACUAAUGACUCUUUCAAAUUGUUGAUGUGAGCAGCACUGAUAUUAAUUCUUCCACACCCUUCUCUUCUCUUCCAACAACCUUCAACGCAAUGCAUCAAGCGAUUCCCUUCAGAUCAUGGCGCCCUCUCCACAACCCACUCCCAUUAAUUACACAUUCCCACAACGAUCCUUCUUCAUCGCCCAAACAGGAACCCAUGCUCCUCAACAUGGUCUGGGAGAACGCCGUUACGGUCGUUGGGAGGAGAGGCUGCUGCAUGAGCCACGUCGUCAACCGUUUGCUUCUCGGUCUCGGUGUUAACCCUGCCGUUUAUGAGGUCGAGGAGAACGAUGAAGCCGCUGUCGCCACUCAAUUGGAAGCUACGGUUCGGAGAGAAGGGGUCGAACCGCAGGGGAACCUGCAGUUUCCUGCGGUUUUCAUCGGUGGAAAGCUGUUUGGAGGGUUGGAUAGAAUCAUGGCCACUCAUAUUUCUGGUGAAUUGGUUCCUAUUCUCAAACAGGCUGGGGCUUUGUGGCUAUGAUAUCACUUUCUUAUUCUUUUCUGCACUAUGAUUUUCCAUUUUUUUUUCUUCAUCCUGUUUCAUUGUUACUCUUCUUCUUUGUAAUUUUCCUGAAAGAUGAUUAAGAAUAUAUAAUCACUUUCUUCAGAUUUUAGGGAUGCUAUUUUGAUCAUGAUAUGUCAUGAAUUCUAAUCAAAAACAUAAAAUGGGAAAUCA